UUCUUUUAAUAGGGUUUAAUUCGCGUCCGCGUUUUUUUUUUUAAUUUUUUUCGAUGUCGAAGAUAAAAAUGAAGAAAACGCUUACAAGAACAUUUCCAAGAGUUCCUGUUUACGACCAAGUUCGAGAAUAUUUAACAUCUGUGGCGACUGCUCAACAAACUUUAUCAUCAGGGUACGAACCAGAAAAGGGAGACACAAAUCCGAAUUUACAGUUAGUAUUAUCCCAAGCACUUUUUUCCGAAGUUAAUGCGGAUUUAGGAGCAAGGAAACAGUUCUACAAGAAGGAGCGAGUGGUUUUGAACCAAGAAUGGGAGGAUUUAGAAGAGAAGGAACGCGCUUUGAGAGAUAAUUUCGUUAAGUUGAAUAAAUUUAUUCAAGGUAAUAAGGAGAAGAGGCAAAGAGCUGCAGAGAGACUACACGAAGACAUUAAAACUGUUAAGAAAACGAAAGCACAUAUAGAACAAUUGAAAAAGGAUUAUGCUGACUUGGAAGAAAUUAAAUUAUUAUUUGAUAAAGAAAUUGCUGCACAUCGUUUGUACCAAGAAUAUCUGUAUCAAACAAUGAAGUUAAGUAACGAAUUCAAAAAUCCGUUCAACAUCAUUGAUCGUUACGAAUCCCUCAUGGCCACCAAAGCAGAAUUAGGACAACGCCAAACUCACGCUCUUGAGUCCUUAGAAUUUGCAAAACUUCGUUUGUCAAAAAAAGCCGAUGAAAAUAAUUUAGCUAUAUUAGGCUUUUCAAACGUAUUAUCCUCUUUCGUUUCCCGCUAUCAAUUGGCAGUGGCCACGUCCUUGCAAUGGGAAAGAAUUGUGAAUAAUAUUAAAAACAACUCCCUUAACAAAUACAAAGAAAUAACUGAAGUGAAGCAGUGCUGUAGAAAUACUUACCUGUUGAUGUGUAGGAGAAAAGGAGAAGUUCCCAAAAUUCCAGAAGACAAUGUCGAGAAGCAACUAGUCUAUAUCAAGAAAACACUUAAGCAGUUGGCAUCUGUACGAACGGAAGCAGCAAGUCGUACCAAGGAAACUUUCAGUUCAGUAAGAGUGGAACUUUCGAAGUUAACCUGAAGUUGUUGUUCUCUCUACUGUAAUUUAUGCAAAUACAGAUG